GCAUACGAUCAAGUGCAGUAACACGAUCAGUUCCAGUAGUGCGCCUGCGCCGGAGAUGGAGCGAACGUGUCUGCUUGUCUGUGUGCUGGUGUGUGCAGUGACCGGCGUUUUAGGCCAAGUAGCCAGCAUGUGUCGGCCCAACGAGCGUUUCCUCUCCUGCGGCGGCUGCCAGAAGACAUGUGCAGAACCUGCGCCGGCGUGCGCGGCGGUUUGCCGGACCGGAUGUUACUGCGAGGACGAUCACGUCCGGAACAGUACCGGACAUUGUGUGAAGCUGUCUGAAUGUCCGGCAGCAUCUGCAGCCCUUAAACAAGACACCACAGAACCCCGUCAAGACUGUCCCGCCAACGAGGAGUACCGCUUCUGCGAGCCCUGCAACAAAUCUUGUGACAACCCUAAUCCCAUAUGCCCGGCGCAGUGCUCUAGAGGGUGCUUCUGUAAGGGAGGCUUGGUGCGGGACAGAGACGGCAGCUGUGUGGCGUAUGAGAAAUGCUCCAAGUUUAAGAAUGAGACGUCAGUCUAUAUCAAGCUGACCUGCGCUCCUGGCCAGGUCUACAAAGAGUGCCAGCCCUGCGAGAAGACCUGCUCCAACCCCAACCCCGUCUGCCCCGCCCAUUGCAACCGAGGGUGCUUCUGUGGAGACGGACUGGUGAAGAGCCCCAACGGGCAGUGUGUGAAGAGGGAGGACUGCCCGAAAGCCGAGGUGACGUUCGGAAACGAUCCCACCAUCGAAGACUGCGCUCCGGACGAGGAAUUCCUGUCUUGCGGCUGGUGCGAGCCGAGCUGCUGGGCGCGCUCCCCCGUUUGUCCGGGCGUGUGCACCCGCGGCUGCCUCUGCCGGCCGCCCCUAGUGAGACAUUAUAGCGGACUCUGCGUGCAACUGAGGGAUUGCGAACCACAGACUUGCAAUAACCCCAAUGAAGAAUACGUCUGCCGCUACGGAUGUGAGAUCGUCUGCGGAGGCUCGAACACCUGUCCGGACCGUCCGCGGCGUUGCCAGCUCGGCUGCCAUUGCAAGAUUGGUUUCUUGAGAGAUACCGCUACUGGCCGCUGUGUCACCCCUGCAGAGUGCAAAACCGUAACGAAGGCUUCUGUCCCGGGUUCGAAGCCGAGCCUGCCACCGAUAUUCAGAGUGCGGGUCACACCCAAUCCGCAGAACCUACUCGGAGAAGUCAAAUCUACCGUUCCUAAGAAUUAAAGGCCGAAGCUCACCU